AUGUCCAGGUCCUUCUACGUUGACUCUCUGAUAAUCAAGGAUACGGUGCGACCCGUGCCGGCCGAACAUCCAGGGCAAGACUUCCUCAUUCCCAUCAGCAUGCAUUCUCCAACGGUGAUGACCGUGACCGCGCCGGUGUGCCCGUCCAGGAAAACCGGGACUUUCUGUGUUUGUCCGCUGUGCGUCACGUCCCACAUCCACGCUCCGCGCAGCGGCAUCCCCAUGCUGAAAAGCCAGUUUCCGGCAGCGGAGGCGCAGUACUGUCAGAGAAUAGCCCAUCAGCAGUCUUCAGCUUUGGCGCACCCGGGACACACACCUGUCUGCACGCCCACGUACAGCGUCACAGAUCCCAGGAGAUACCAUUGUCUUUCCAUAGGCGCCCCCGAGAAUAGCCAAAUACAGAGUGGCAAGAGGAUGCGCACGGCUUUUACCAGCACGCAGCUCUUGGAAUUGGAGAGGGAGUUUUCCACCAACAUGUAUCUGUCCAGGUUAAGGAGAAUCGAGAUCGCCACAUAUCUGAAUCUGUCGGAGAAGCAGGUGAAGAUCUGGUUUCAGAACCGCAGGGUCAAGCACAAGAAGGAGGGGAAGGGCACACAGAGGAGCGUGCACGGCGGGUGCAAGUGCACAAGUAACCACACAGACUAUCCAAGGUCAGAGGACGAGGAGUCCCUAUCGCCAGCCUCCGCCUCGGAGGAGAAAGAGGUGUCACCGAUCUGA